UCUCAGAGUGGGUCGCCAACUUGUCCCUGGGAGAAGAAGAAGAGGUAGCCAUGUAUAUCCCCAAGGACGAGCAGGAAGCCGCUAUGAAGGAGUGGGAAGCAGAAAGGGAUGUUGUGAGGCGGCAGGCAAUGGAGGAUGAAACGAGGAUGGAGUGGAAGCUGAGAGUGAUGAGGGAAAAGAAGAAGAAAGUGGACUCGGCGAUUGACGCGGUCAAAGACCUAGGGGAGAUGCAGCAACUAACCCUGAGGUUGACCCCUCAGGUAGACCUUGAGAAAAAGGUAGAACUCAUUGCCCAAACUGUGGAGCGCUUAGCCCGGAUACAAGAACAACAGUACGAUUUUCGUCAAAGUCAGGAUAUGGCUGUGCGCUCCAUACAAAUGGGGUUUCGGGACUUUGCUCGCGAAUUGGUAGGCGCGAUAGGAUCCGAGGUGAAUCAUCGCCUCGAGAAGACUGAACAAUUUUGCGCUGGCGCCAUUGAGGGCGUCAAGGCGGCAGCUCCCAAGGAGGAGGAACCACGCCCGCCGCGUAGAGAGCCAGUCAAGGUCAAAUUCCCUGAUUCCUACAGUGGGAAGAGCGAAGAGAACUUUGAUAACUGGGAGGCCAACGUUAAGACCUACGUGCAUUUGCAACAGGCCUCCCCGGAUCAGCAAGUUCUAAUUGCGAUCCACGCACUUAGAGAUGAGGCCACCCGUUUCGCAAGAUCCCUUGUUCGCGCUGCCAACUGCAGUGACGAUCCCGUUGCCUAUUCGGCGUUUACUUCCCUCACUGAGUUCAUGAGAUUGCUGCGCGAGCGAUUUGCAGAUGUCGCUCAAAGUGUCAAGGCCUCAGAUAGGUUCCAAACAAUCCACGCUCGUAAGUGGAAGAGUGCCAGGGCACUCAAGAGCACGAUGGAUGAAUUAAUCGUUGUUUCUGACCAUGGGGUCACAGACACCCAACUGGUCGGCCUCUUCUAUCGGGCUAUCCCCGAAGCCUUGCGAGGGCACUUCUUCGCGAAGAGCGAAGAUCCGGCCACUACUUAUGAUUCUCUUAGUCGUGAGGUGGUGGCCUUUGAAGCCAAGUCAGCAUUUGUGUCUACCUUCUGGCACAAAGACUUGGACAAGGGGAAGCAAUGGAAGGGCCGCACUAUCUCUGGGCAAGUGAAGACUAAGGAUAGCCUUGUCCNCAAAGACUUGGACAAGGGGAAGCAAUGGAAGGGCCGCACUAUCUCUGGGCAAGUGAAGACUAAGGAUAGCCUUGUCCUAACUCUAGAUGAGGGUAGUGUGGAUGAGAUCCCCUACGAUCAGAUUGAGUGGGGGUUAGAGGAGGAUGACAGCGGUGUGGGCCAGGGGAGGACUUACGCUGCUGUCGCGGCUGGAGGGAGGCCGCAAGGAGGACGAGGCCAGGGCCAAGGGGGCCGGGCCUCAGGGAGCCGGUUCCAGGGCGAUCAGGGGGUUGGCGGUAGAGGGGGAAACCGCCAAGCGGGAGGCAGGGGUCAAGAGGGAGUCCAGGCGUAUUUCCGCCUAGAGAAAGAAGGGAAGGUGGAGAAGGUCCUCCACUCCCUGACUCUCCUCAUAGAGGACAGCCUCCCAUUUGAUAUUGUGUUGGGAAUGGAUUGGGGAGAGGCAGCUGGGGCCACGCUCCAUUUGAAGGAGCACGAGUGUAGGCUCCCUAGUACUGCAGGCGAGGCUAAGACUGCCCGCCUGUUCCAUGUGUCAAGAGUAGAGAAUUCAUUGGCACAUUGCUGCCUCAGUGCUCCUGGGUUCGCCAGAUUAGUGAAGAAGGAGCACUUAGAGGAACUGGUCUUUGUUGCCUAUGUUAGGCCAGUCACUAAGCCUAAGGAAGAGAAACCCGUAGACCCUGCUAUUGCCAAAUUGCUGGAAGAGUUUAAGGAUUUGACUGAGCCGCCGACAGGCACGGUGCCGCGGCCCAUCCAGCACCGUAUUGAGAUAGAGCUUGGCAGUAGAACUCCUAAGGGUGCUGUGUACAGGAUGUCCCCGCGGGAGUUAGAGGAGCUGCGGAAGCAGUUGGAUGAGCUCCUUGAAAAGGGUUGGAUUAGGCCCAGUUCGUCUCCUUUUGGAGCCCCUGUUCUCUUUGUCCCUAAGAAAGAGGGAAAGAUGAGGAUGUGUAUAGACUAUAGGGGUCUGAAUGCCAUUACAGUGAAGAAUGCUGAGCCACUGCCUAGGAUAGACGAUCUCUUAGAUCGAGUGCAGGGGGCGAAGUAUCUCUCCAAGAUAGAUUUGAAGUCCGGAUAUCAUCAGAUAGAGGUGCAUCCUGAUGAUCAGUACAAGACAGCCUUCCGGACUAGAUAUGGGCACUACGAGUUCAUAGUGAUGCCCUUUGGACUAACCAAUGCGCCAGCUACGUUCCAGCGCUGUAUGGACGAUUUGUUUAGGCCGAGGUUAGACAAAUUUGUUGUAGUUUAUCUAGAUGACAUUCUAGUGUUUAGCAGGACCCUCGAAGAGCAUCAGGGUCAUCUCAGGCAGGUCUUGGAGAAGCUGAGGGAAGCUAACUUCAAGAUCAAUGCAAAGAAGUGCGAUUGGGCAAAGACCCAAGUUCUGUACCUAGGCCACGUCUUAGACGGAGACGGCGUUAAAUCAGAGGAUAGCAAGAUCGCAGCGAUUAGAGAUUGGCCCACACCACGUAUGCUGACAGAGUUGCGCUCGUUACUGGGCCUAGCUAAUUACUAUAGGAAGUUCAUGAGGAACUUCUCCACCAUCAUUGCGCCCCUUCGCAGACUGUUGAGAAAGGAGAACCUUUGGAAGUAGGACAAGGACUGUACGUCUGCCAUGAAGAAAUUGAAGCAGGCCUUGAUAGAGUAUCCAGUCCUUAAAGUCGCCGACCCGUCCUUGCCCUUUGUCGU